UCCGGGAGGGGCCGCCAUGAAGCUGCUGACCCACAACCUGCUGAGCUCGCACGUGCCGGGGCUGCGGCCCGGGGGGGGCUUCCCCCUCAAAAUUGAGGCCGCCGAGGUCUGGGUCCGGCCCGUCCUGCUCAACGCGGCCUUCGUGUCCCGCCUGGUGCCGCGGCUGCGCUGGGAUGUGCUCAGGGAGGCGGCUGAGAGCUUGGGGCACCCCUCGGAGCUGCCCCCCGAACCCACCCCCGACUACGAGGGGGACGAGGAGUUCCUGAGGAGGCUCCACCACGUCCUGCUCGAGGUGGAGGUGCUGGAGGGGUCCCUGCAGUGCCCGGACUCGGGGAGGCGAUUCCCGAUCUCCAAAGGGAUUCCCAACAUGUUACUGAGCGAGGACCAGGCCUGAGGGGGGGCCCCCAAAUUUAUAGGGGGGACCCCCAAUUUAUGAGGGGGUUCCCCAAUUUGUGGGAGGAUCCCGAAUUUACGAGGGUGUCCCAAAUUUAUGGGGAGGGUCCCCAAUUUAUUGGGGGAUCCCGAAGUUAUGGAGAGGAAGGAAUUUAUGGGGGGGUCACCAAUUUGUGAUGGGGAGGGGAUCCCAAAUUUAUGGGGGGUCACCAAUUUAUGAGGUGAUCCCAAAUUUAUGGGGAUUUCCCAAUUUAUGGGAGCAUCCCCAACUUAUGGGGGGUUAUCCCAAAUUUAUGGGGGGGAACCAAUUUAGGGAGGGAGUCCCAAAUUUAUAGGGGGGGUCACCAAUUUAAGGGAGGGACCCCCAAUUUAAGGGAGGGAUCCCAAAUUUUUGGGGGGGUCCCCAAUUUAUAUGGGGGGUCACCAAUUUACAGAGGAGUCCCCAAUUUAUGGGAGGGAUCCCCAGUUUAUGGGGGGGUCACCAAUUUACAGAGGAGUCCCCAAUUUAUGGGGGGAUCCCCACCUUAUGGGGGGGGUACCAAAUUUAAGGGAGGGACCCCCAAUUUAAGGGAGGGAUCCCAAACUUUUGGGGGGGUCCCCAAUUUAUGGGGGGGGUCACCAAUUUACAGAGGAGUCCCCAGUUUAUGGGAGGGACCCCCAAUUUAUGGGGGGAUCCCCAAUUUAUGGGGGGGGUACCAAAUUUAAGGGAGGGACCCCAAUUUAAGGGAGGGAUCCCCAAUUUAUGGGGGGGGUCCCAAAUUUUUAGGGGGGUCCCCAGUUUAAGGUACGGACCCCCAAUUUAAGGGAGGGAUCCCAAAUUUAUGGGGGGGUCCCCAAUUUAAGGGGGGGUCACCAAUUUAUGGGGGAAUUCUCAGUUUG